CUGUAUUUGCUGUCUCUCAAACCAGUGUGUUGUUGUUUCUCCUCCAGGAAGGCGGACUCAUCAAGAGAGCGGUCACAAACGGAAACACGACUGUUGAAGCCAUCAAGGUAUCCAUUGCUCAUGUAGGAAACGGUUUGAAUCCUCUGAGUGGCUGCGCACCAGUCAGUUUUCCCAGCAUGCCUCAGUCCUCCGUCCCCUCCCGAGCUCCCAGCUUCAGACAACCUGCGGUCGCCUCAUUUCCUGAAAUGCUCAACAACCUAGAGGACACAGAGCUGAUGGGAGACGACCUGGACAGCCUGCUCGACGACUUCCCUGAGGUGCAGGCCCCGACUGAGACCCUCACCCAGGCAGUAUUCCCAGCCCUCCCUUUCAUCCUUCCCCCUCCGACCCCUCAGCUUCCCCCGGCCUUCUUCAGCUCCUCCGUCAGCGAGCUCAACUCCCUGGACUCCUUCUGCGGGGUCAUCAGCACCAACACUGGGGCCCUGGACGCCCUGGACGCCCUGGAUCAUCCAGACUUGACCUUUGGGAUUAGCAUUUCUCCAGAGUUGCCGUUGCCCUCCGCGGCGCUGGAUGGUCUGGAUGAUCUGGAUUGCCUGGAUGACUUAUUGGAUAACGUUGCUGCUGGGAAUGAGUCCAUCUGUAAAGUGGAGGCAGGGGAGAAGUCUCUGGACGAUCUGCUGGAUGAACUGGAUCCUCCGGAGUCCGUUUGUGUUUCAGGAGGUCAGCGUGCCGUGGAGGAUCUCGACUCUCUGGAUGUCUUGGAUUCUUUUCCCUCGGGUGAAGGUGUUACGCCCAUUUUUCCACCAGUCUCCUUCGGGGCGGCAGGCCUGGACACGCUCUCCGAUUUCCGCUCCACCGGUAUCUCAGGCUCUCAGACUGCUGCAGCUCCAGUGAUGCGAUCUCAAAAGAAGACCUCCAAAGCAACCAAGGAGAAGAAAACCCCCCCGCAGCUUGCAGUCACUCACCCGUUAUCCUCCACCCACGAGUUCCUGCAGGCCUGCACCGCCUGUUUCCCUCAGAGAGGUACGUCCAUGUUCUUCUCUUAA